AUGUUUAGAAGAAGGUGCUCAUUAGGAAGGCUUAGUGACCAGGACUUCAAAGCCAAAACAAAAUUACUGCCGGCUCAACCUCAGCUAAAUCUGCUCUCACACUACCCAGAUCUAGUAUUUUCUUCCCUUCACCAUCAAGACACCUGGCCAACCGCAAAAGGGCAUCUAAAGAGACUCCUAUUAUCACCUAUAUGCAGGCAAUUCUCACACACAGUUGGAUAUGUUGAUGAACGCCAACGCAACAUCAGCUGUAGUGUGCUAUACUCUAAAAUUAUCCACCCCACCCCACCCCACCCCCCUCCCUCUGGCUUUAACAAUGUUUCUCGUACCCAGCCUCAAUCCCCCCAGCAUGGCCCUAAAUGUGGUUUAGGGGCGAACAAAUAUCUGCGAGACAAAGUUCGCCAUACCAAAAGAUACGUGCAUAGCUGUCAGAACCUAGAGUUAGGAGAAUUAGAGCUUCAACGUAGCGCUGCCAUGUUAGCCUCCCAUGCGAAGGCCUGGGUUGUUAGCAAAGAUGAUAUUGUUAUCUAUCCCAUUAGAAAAUUCUACUCCUCGCCCUUCUGCAGAUAUUUCCCACAGAACGUCCUCUAUCGCGUGAAAUUGCACUGUGUUCCAGUCAGGCCCCGUGAAAUCACCAGCCUCACCAUAGUCCAGAGCGCUGCCAUGCUGUCUCUUGCCAACAACUCUAGGAGCAGCUUCUUAGUGAACAGCGUUCAACAGGCAAAGCAGAUUCUCCACACUGUUUCUAUUAAGCAGCCUUGCAACCUUGCUGCAGAGUUUAAUGCUAAAUCACUGAUGAGGAAGCGCAUGCAUGACAAGCAAGCUGGUUGUGAGCACUUUGCGGCAAUAAGUUCCCACCCAGGCUGUACAACCGUCCCAUUUGAGAAGCGUGAGAAUGGACCAGCUGGCAGGCUUUAUAGCCAGCUUUGCACUGAUACUAUUGUUGGUGUUAUAGCGAAGCGUGUAGGGGUGCGAGGAGGUCUUGUUUUGAGGGGGAAAUUGGCGUGA